UGUAUGGCAAUGGACAUAGAAGCAUUAAAUAGGCCUCGUUACAUUCAAGUUUCAACCAAAUUGGCAGGGAAAAUCCUCUGAUACUGUUGUUUUCCUGAAACCAUCACAAUUUGUUUCUCAAUCAUGUCAACCUCAUCCUCUUCCCAAAGCCUCAAAAUUGGCAUAGUUGGAUUCGGCAACUUUGGCCAGUUUCUGGCCAAGACAAUGAUAAAACAAGGCCACACUCUCACAGCAACUUCUCGAUCUGAUUACUCUGAACUUUGUCUCCAAAUGGGCAUCCAUUUUUUCAGGGAUGUCAGCGCAUUCCUUACCGCGGACAUAGAUGUCAUAGUGUUGUGCACAUCGAUAUUAUCGCUAUCCGAGGUUGUCGGGUCAAUGCCACUCACCUCCCUGAAGCGACCAACGCUCUUUGUUGAUGUUCUUUCUGUCAAAGAGCACCCAAGAGAGCUUCUACUGCGAGAGUUGCCAGAGGAUUCGGACAUACUCUGCACGCACCCAAUGUUUGGUCCUCAGACUGCCAAGAAUGGAUGGACAGAUCACACUUUCAUGUAUGACAAAGUUCGGAUAAGAGACGAAGCUACCUGCUCUAAUUUCAUCCAAAUUUUUGCUACUGAGGGUUGCAAGAUGGUACAGAUGUCCUGUGAGGAACAUGACAGAGCAGCUGCUAAGAGCCAAUUUAUCACUCACACAAUUGGCAGGACACUGGGAGAAAUGGAUAUUCAAUCCACACCUAUUGACACUAAGGGCUUCGAGACACUUGUUAAAUUGAAGGAGACGAUGAUGAGAAAUAGUUUUGAUUUGUAUAGUGGAUUAUUCGUGUAUAACAGAUUCGCCAGACAAGAGCUGGAAAACCUUGAACAUGCCUUGCACAAAGUCAAAGAAACGCUGAUGAUACAAAGGACGAAUGGGGAGCAGGGUCAUAAAAGAACUGAAAGUUGAUGCAUAUUUAUUUUGCAAGAUAUUUUCUCUAACUCUCAAAUAUCCUCCUGCAGUUCCAAUUAUAAAUUACUCUUAUUUCAGUUUCCUUUUACCAAAAUUGAAGUUCAAUUAAUAAACCAAAGAGACUGGUAUAUGUUCAAUCACAUGCGAUAAAAAUGUUCCACGUUCUUGUUCCGAGCAGAUUCUUUGUAAUUUCAUAAAGUUAGAGAAAAGAAAAAAAAAACAGACAUUUAGUCGCCAAUGCCUAAAACCAUAUAAUAACUCCACAGUUUGGUUCUCUGAAUGAAUUCCCUUCAUUUUAAUCCAAAUCUCAACUACCUCUUCAAUUCUAAACAAAUAAAUUAGAACACUACCAAGUGAUCCUCUGGGGUCUUGACAUGAGCCUUCUAGUUCUAGCUUUUCAAUCAAUGUAUCUACAGAGCAUGUAUUCCAUUUUGGAUUAUAGAGAAAUAAUGUAAAACUUUUAACCAAA